AUGUUGAAUGUAGAUAAACCCCAACGCGACACAAGAGAAGAGAUUGAGGAGGAGGUCGAGGUGAGCUGCUGCGUAGCUCCUGCUCCCUCAUGUUGUAAAUUGGAAAACCGUCGCCCAUUUUGCACGUCUGUCAAUGGAUUUUCGACCAACUUCUCAUAGGCACCUUGAAGUGAAUAAAGUCUAAGUCUUUUGCAAACCAAGACAUGUGGACAUCUUCUGAUGUCUUGUGGGGAACCAGAGUCCAAUAUUCUGUGCUGCCAUAUUCGCCAAGCCAACAAUGUAGAAAAUGUACGGGAAAGCUCAAACCUCGUAAUAGGAGAAAACCGGUAUUUCAGUCAUGGUUUGGGAAGAGAACUCAACGGUUCCUCCUUCCUGCUUUAUCAAGAGAUGAUGACAAGAUUGCAAGAUGUUGUGGAAGUUACUACUUGGCGUCCAACUUAUUCUUCAGUGAUUGCCAAGUUUCGUGUUCUCGUAUUCCAAGGAAUUCACACAUUACUGAAGCUUUCCCAAUAAGAGACCAGGUUGUUGAGGAACCUUGGCUAUUGCAGCCAUCCUUUGGGGCUCACCAUUUUGCUGAUAUAUAUACUUCAAGUGAUAUUGAUAAUGAAAGAGAGAUAUUGAACUGCUCCAAUGGUAGUCUUCAGAAAUCAGAAAUGUUAAAUCAAUCUAGCCAUGGUGAGGAUUUCAACCAUAAGUCUAAGUAUAAUAUGAAUGAGAUGGAUAUCUCCGAACAUUCUGAUUCUUUGUUAACGAAUGAUAUGGUUGAGGAGCCUUGGAUUUUCGAAUCUGCGUGCUCUAGAGUCAAGGAGGUUCCAGGUGUGCUCAGGAAUGAGUUGGUUAAAGAUGAAGUUACUCAAAGUGCACUCAGUGAACCGCAUCAUCCCACACCUGAGAACCUGCUGCACGAGGAAGAAAAUAGUAAAAUGACAAAGGAGGACUCUGUUUCCACUGUCAUAUUGAUCAAUUCUUCCAUAUGUACUGUUCAAAGGAUUGCUGUAUUAGAAAAUAAUAAACUAGUUGAACUAUUGUUCGAGCCUGUAAAAAACAAUGUGCUAUGUGAUAGUGUAUAUCUAGGAGUAGUGACAAAGCUAGUUCCUCAUAUGGGUGGUGCAUUCGUAAAUAUUGGCAGCCUAAGACCAUCUUUCAUGGAUAUAAAGCCCUAUAAGGGACCAUUUGUAUUUCCUUCAUUCCAUGGCCCUAUGGAGGAGACAGAGGUAAAAGACUCCAUAUCUGAUAAACCUGGAGAACAGGCCGAUUUUCCUGAAAAUGGAGCCUUAUCUACUGAAGGUGAAGAGCCAGAUGAGGAGGAGUACGACCAAAGCGAUGAUGAAUUCAUCAGUGACGAGUUUGAGCAUCAUGGGAAUCAGACUAAUUUUGAUGUUUUAGAUGUCAUAAAGGAAAAUCUAAGUGGUAGCAUUGUUGAGCAUGGAGUUGACGAUGAGAAACACAAGUAUGUAGAGCAUCUAAAUGGAGAGGCUGACCAGCUGCAGAGUAGAAGCCAACCCCAGGAUGCCAGCGUUAAGAUUAAAGAGAAAAAAUGGGAACAAGUUAAAAAGGGCUCUAUGAUAAUUGUACAAGUUGUUAAGGAAGGAUUGGGUACAAAAGGCCCCACAUUAACGGCUUAUCCAAAGCUGCGAAGCAGAUUCUGGGUACUGAUGACUCGCUGUAAAACAAUAGGAAUUUCGAAGAAAAUUUCUGGUGUUGAGCGAACACGAUUACGACUUAUAGCAAAAACUUUGCAACCACCCGGAUUCGGGCUCACUGUAAGGACCGUUGCUUCUGGCCAUUCAUUGGAGGAAUUGCAGAGAGAUUUUGAAGGACUCCUAUCAACAUGGAAAAGUAUAGUUGAUCAUGCAAAAUCUGCUGCUCUUGCUGCAGACGAAGGUGUUGAAGGAGCUGUUCCUGUUAUGUUGCAUAGGGCAAUGGGGCAAACACUUUCAGUAGUUCAAGAUUAUUUUAAUGAGAAGGUGGAAAGCAUGGUAGUUGAUUCUCCACGAACUUACCAUGAGGUCACCAACUAUCUUCAGGAGAUAGCUCCAGACCUUUGUGACAGAGUUGAGUUAUACAGCAAAAGGAUUCCCCUUUUUGAUGAAUACAAUAUUGAGGAAGAAAUCAAUAGCAUUCUCACUAAAAGGGUUCCUCUGGAUAAUGGUGGUUAUCUAGUGAUUGAACAAACUGAAGCAUUGGUAUCUAUUGAUGUAAAUGGGGGCCAUUGUAUGCUAGGUCAAGGAACGUCACAAGAGAAAGCUAUUCUUGAAGUGAACCUUGCAGCAGCCAAACAGAUUGCCAGAGAAUCAAGGCUCAGAGAUAUUGGUGGAAUUAUUGUUGUAGAUUUCAUUGAUAUGGUGGAUGAUUCAAAUAAGAGGCUCGUUUAUGAAGAAGUUAAGAAGGCUGUUGAGAGGGACAGAUCAACCGUGAAAGUAUCUGAACUGUCCAGGAAUGGGCUUAUGGAAAUAACUCGAAAACGGGUUCGACCCAGUGUUACAUUUAUGAUCAGUGAACCAUGCACCUGCUGCCAGGCAACUGGCAGAGUGGAAGCUUUGGAGACAUCAUUUUCCAAAAUUGAGCAUGAAAUAUGUCGACUUUUGUCAACAAUGGACCAGAAAGCAGAUGCCGAAAACCCCAAAUCUUGGCCACGAUUUAUCCUGAGGGUGGAUCGGCAUAUGUGUAACUAUCUGACCUCAGGAAAGAGGACAAGACUUGCAGUUUUAAGUAGUUCUCUCAAAGUCUGGAUUCUCCUAAAGGUGGCUAGAGGGUUCAACAGAGGGGCAUUUGAGCUGAAACUUCUGACAGAUGAAAACCCAGACAAGGGCCAACACGACGGUGCUGCAAUCUCAGUAUUGCGACCUAAAGAAGUUUUACCUAAUUCUCCUUCCCGAAGGGUAACUCUUUUUCCCAUCAAAAACUGGAAAACAGGUAGGAAAUGACUGCGCUCUACCAUAUCUGGAUGAAUAGCAGUUUUGUACAUGUAUUUUUUUUUUGACCUUUUAUCAUCAAUCUAGAACAUAUUUUCUUCA